AUGACUCGAGUAACUCGAAGGACUACCUCGGUGCUGGCUAGGCGAAGCCCGAGCAGGAUUACAAAGCGCAAUUUACGGAAGCAUAAGGUGAUCUUAGAGUCGGUCACCCAAGCGAAGAAAAAGCUCCGGAGUGUUAUAUCCUUCGAGGCUAAAGCGCCACCGGGCUACACCUUCAUUCCCGCGGGAAAUCCGCACUUCACAACAGCUUGUAAAGAGCUCUGUCGAAAAGAUGGCAUGAAGGUGUAUGCUGUUUCUACGACCCCUCAUCUGCACACGCACGGCCUGUCUCAGCAUGUGCAUCGUAUUGGUUAUCAUUUCCCCAGCGCUACCGUUGCAGCUGUGUGCAUGGACCGAGGUUUAUACCUCACGUCAACCGGGAAAACAGUGCCCUUCUACGGCACGGGGAAUGAUACCGGUCCCGCAGAAACUAACUCGGUUUCCCAGAUAACCAUAAACACAGAAGCUAGAGAUGUGCUUAAAGAUCUCUUCCCAAAUAUCCCGGACAAUGACCUGAAUCAGAUAAUUAAAACUGCAUUCCAAAAGGGCCAACGUAAAGUAGGUACAGCUGUCGAGCUUCCCCUCGCCCGUCGAGCGCAGUUGGCUGUUGUCGCUCACAUUCGACACAUCUACACAAACUAUGAUCGUCUCCUCAAGACUACCUCCUUUCAUGAGGCGAGAGCAACUGUUGAACAGCCGACCCUCGCCAAAUUAGUAGAGUGGAGAGGCGAUGAUGAGAACGGCAAAACCGUCCUUGAAGACGUGUUUCGCGAAGUCAUUGUUAUAUCCGAUGACGAGGACAGUGAUAUUGAGAGUGAGCCGCAGCCAUUACAUGGUCGAGAUACCAGUGUGGAGGUGAUCUCUAGCAAUCCCGUGGUUGAGGAACUUCAGAUGAGACCUCUUGAUCAUGACGGCGCUGCUCUUCGUGGCACCCACUUUGAAAAUCUGGAAGAUGAGGCCCCGCCCGGAUUUCGUUUCAUCCCAGAAGUCCCUAAAAGGGCUAAGAUUGAUCGGCGCGGCUUCAGCAGAUACCAGGCUUGGGACCGUGCUAUCAAUCGGUACAAAAAUUACAGGGGAGGUCCUGGCCAGCAAGCACCAUCGUACUCCGUUGAAGGAGAUCGAUUGCAAGAGAACCGUGGAUCUGACAGGGAACCCUCCUUGCGCCGACCUAUUGGAAAUCGUCAUCCUUCUGGUACUCCAUUGAUCAUAUCUAACCACAGGGCAGUCACUACUACUAAUCCGAGCCGACCACCACUUCAACCGAUGGCAGAACAUCGUCGAUAUGAGUUAUAUCCCCUUUCCGAGCUGCCAAGCAAGAGGAAGGAUGCUCUUGUCUCCCCCAAACCACCCAACUUGGUCCCUCCAGAAAGAGCACCAAUCCCUGAUGCAGUGAGGCCCUCUUUUCACCAGUCUGACUUGACCAACCGGCCUGUGUUUGUCAGCGGCCCAAAGGACAUCAUACAUGAGAGGCAUGAGGACACUCUCAGAUCCCCUCCCCGACCGCCGGGACGCUUACACAGUAGGAAUGUGAGCCAGCAGGACCGUGUGCUCCCCUCUAUUGAAAGCCCUAUCCCCGUGGAAAUCAAACGUCCAAGCAGUGGCCAUAUAGAGCAUCUUACAAAAAGGCUGUCAGGGGCAUUCAACUUUCGCUCAGUGACGCCACACCGCCAGAUUCACCAGGACUUUCCAAACCAUCCUAUCCCACAGGAACCGGUGCAGGAUCAUGCCUCUAAAAGACGGCGCAUGGCUUACUACGAACCAACCCCAAUGGAGAAUGCCCUUCCCAGCCAUACACCCCCUGCAUUGAGUGUUUACCCCGGGGAACGAUAUGUUCCAGCCGAACAGCCUGUUCUCCACAGUGGUACCAGUAGGGGGUUUGUUGCCUCUGUUGAACCGCCUCAUAUUGCAAAGCACCGGCCAGACACGAUCCAGGGCCCUUCCUUGCCUUUCGCACGUUUUGAUCGCGAGGCCCCAAUUCCCGCGCAUCAAGGACCAAGCUGGGAUUAUGAUGCCCAACUGUUUCCUCCCGGUCGUCUUGUUAAUCCUCAUGUCUCCCGUCGUGAAUCUCCAGGUCAGCCCCAACCCCGUAUCAAACCUGAUACGACAUACGGCCAGCCUGUUGGCACAAGUGGCCGUGAUGGGAGUUUCCAGCCUCGUUUACCGGAUGCACCCGAGCCACGCACUUUGCAAUGUGUUCACGAGCAUAUUGCCGGGGGGUACAGACGCAGAAAGAUAACGAAGCCUCAGCAUGAACCUGUCCGGCGGAGCCGGGACUCCCAUGUGCCAUAUAAGCCUAUAGAGAAUCAGAGUACUUAUGCGGCUGGCUUUGUCCGUCCCGUUGAUCAUCGGGACCCCAGUGUUUCAUCAGAGCACAGGCAAAGCCAUCGGCUUCCUCCAAGCCAGAUAAUGGUCAUGCACCAACCCCACCUCGCGGUCGAGCUCACUUUGGAUCUCAGGCCCAAGCUUUCCCUCUGCAACAUUCAAUUAUCAGCGGCGCAGGACCGAGAUAUCGUGAGAACGGGCAAUAUACAACCCCACCUCCAAUCUACCAGCAUAACAGACAGCCGCAGAAUAACCUACCCCUUCCACGGACGACUUACGACUGCCAUCAACGCACACACCCCGCCGAUGAGCGACCACCUCCUGUCUAUAUGA